AACGUGACAUCGGAAGCAUUUCAUUCAAGCGUCUUCGCGCACUGAAGGCGAAAAUAACAGGGAUUUAAAAAAUAGAAAACAAGUCGAUGCGUUUUAUUAUGUUUUAACACGCAAAAGCGGAGUUACUCAGGCAGGAUCUAAGUUGAAUGGGUUUAUUCUGUGGUUUUUGUCAGUGUGUGGAGCACUUCGUUCGUUUAAGAUGAGUGGGGAAUCAAAGGCAAAUGAAGAGUUUCUGGAGCAACUCCGAAUGCAAGAACGCUAUGGGCAGAGGAAUGAAGGUGGAUCGGAUCCCUACACAUACACCGAUCCAGCAGAUGGAACUGUGUAUGACUGGGAUCAUGAAAAAAAGGCCUGGUUUCCUAAAAUAACAGAAGACUUCAUGGCAGCCUACCAAGCCAACUACGGCUUCAGUCAGGAAGGAGAUCCAGAAGCAAACAAUUCAGCGCUGAGCAGCUCUUGCCCAGCACCCCCUGAUCCAAACAGCAAUGUGCCAGAAAAAAAGAAAUCAGAAGAUCCCCCCUCAAAUCCUGCUCCAGUUCAGCAUGAAUCCUCAACUAAAGAAGCCAAGCAGAAAGCGGAGAAGAGGAAAGCAGACCCAGGAUGGUUUAAUGUCGAUGAGGACAAAAACACAAACGUCUACGUGUCAGGGCUGCCUCCUGACAUCACACCCGAAGAGUUUGUUGAGUUGAUGUCCAAAUGUGGAAUUGUGAUGAAAGAUCCCAUCACUGAGGAGCCCAAGGUGAAACUCUACAAGGACAAAGAUGGGAAUCUGAAAGGCGAUGGCCUCUGCUGUUAUCUCAAGAAAGAAUCAGUGGCACUGGCCAUGCAUCUGAUUGACGAGUCAGAGGUUAGAGGUUAUAAACUCCACGUGGAAGCAGCGAGAUUUGAGCUAAAGGGUCAGUACGACGCCAGCAAGAAGAAGAAGAAAAGCAAAGAUUACAAGAAGAAGUUGCAGAUGCAGCAGAAGCAGCUCGACUGGAGGCCUGAGAAGCAGGGAGACGCGAGGAAGCGGCAUGAAAAAGUUGUCAUCAUCAGGAACAUGUUCCAUCCCAAAGACUUCGAGGAAGACCCGCUGGUGCUGAACGAGUAUCGUGAAGAUCUGAGGACCGAGUGUGAGAAAUUUGGUGAAGUAAAGAAGGUCAUCCUGUUUGAUAGACACCCAGACGGGGUUGCAUCGGUCGCAUUUAAAGAACCCGAGGAGGCAGACGCUUGUGUGCUUUCCUUUAAUGGCCGCUGGUUUGGAGGGAGACAGCUGGCUGCAGAGCUGUGGGACGGAACCACCGACUAUCAGGUGGAGGAGACGUCGCGUGAACGAGAGGAGCGGCUGAAAGGUUGGUCUACGUUCUUGGAAGGAAGUGGUCAACAACAGAACAACAACCAGUCAGAAAGCAGCACAGCCACAGAGCCCAGCGAGUCCAGCAGCAGCGCCACAGAACCUGAGCAGCAGCCACAAACAGAAGCGCAGACCUCAGAGGAACAGGAAGUGGAUUCUACUGACAGCAGCCUAGCAGGAAGUGACAACGAGGAAGCGUAGCCGCUUCGGGAUCUGAACGAGGACAAUCCUGAUUUUAAAUGGAGGCACAAAGUUCUGCAUUUAGAGGAAACUUGGACAGUUUGUGUUAUUUUUUGUAUCAUAGAAAAUAUAACUAAGCUCUUAUUUUCUGUUUUCAUCGUUUCAGAUUACAUUUUCAGUAGAUGUGCUCUGAAGAAACGGUUUAGGCCGUAAACAUUUUCCUACAGCUGCAGUGUAGUUUGGAUUAUUCUGAUUAGCUAAAUUCCUUAAGAAAUGUGAGAAUAAACUCUGUUAAUGUGACCAUUAACACUCAGUGCAAAUAAAUAUUCCCUUUACAGUUCAGCGCAACACAAACUCUCAUAAAAGGACACAUCAAGAAAAAUCGCAACCUGCCAGGAAAUGCGGUUUCUCAUCGUUCGCUAACACAGACGUUCGCGUCCGAGUGUAAACGAACUCUGAGCCGAUCUUGUUCACACUUCACAUCUGGUUCAAGUUUAGGUUUUAACACAGCACACGUUUAAAUAAAUGUGUUGGUGGCUCAAACAGAAACUCAUCUGUUGUUUUUCAUGAAAGGAUUAUAGAUUCAGCCCAGCGAUCGUCUCUGUAGGCUGCACAGCUUCAGAUGAGAACAACUAGUUUGUGUUGAUGUUAAAAAAAACAUCGGAUAAUAACUGACUUUAUUCAGAAACAGCUGUUUGGUUUGUCAGGGUCGAAGAGGUUUGACUUAUUUCAUACAUAAUAAAAAAUAAUGCUUUUAUUUA